UUUGACACGCUGUGUGACCUCUACGACACGGUGACCACGCAAGCCGUCAUCUUCUGCAACACCAAGAGGAAGGUGGACUGGCUGUCGGAGAAAAUGAGAGAAGCCAACUUCAUGGUGUCGUCGAUGCAUGGGGACAUGCCGCAGAAGGAGCGGGAGUCCAUCAUGAAGGAGUUCCGGUCCGGCACCAGCCGGGUGCUCAUCUCCACCGACGUCUGGGCCCGGGGCCUGGACGUCCCUCAGGUGUCCCUGGUCAUCAACUACGACCUGCCCAACAGCCGAGAGCUCUACAUCCACAGAAUCUGGCGGUCGGGGCGGUAUGGCCGGAAGGGCGUGGCCAUCAACUUCGUGAAGGACGAUGACAUCCGCAUCCUGCGGGACAUUGAGCAGUACUACGCCACGCAGAUCGAUGAGAUGCCCAUGAACGUUGCUGAUCUGAUGUGAGGCUGCUGCUGCUCU